GCAGGCGCGCGCCCGUCUCGCCCCGCCCCGCGCCGCGCCAGAGGCUCGCGCACUCGGGUUCGGCGGCUGCGGCGGCUGCCGUGGGAGUCCGUGCGCUGCGCUGCGCUCCCCGCCGCGUCUGCGGCGCCCGCCCGCCCCCUUCCUCCUCUCGGCCCUCGGCCUCGGCGCCGGACCCCGGCAGCCUCCGCCCGGCCCUGCAGGGGCCGAGAGGACUCGGCGGCCGCCCUUCCGCUCGACCCCCUGGGAGAGGUCUGUGCGCCGCGGCGGCGGCGGCUCCUCCGGCUCCAUUAUGUCCGCGGGCGGAGACUUCGGGAAUCCGCUGAGGAAAUUCAAGCUGGUGUUCCUGGGAGAGCAGAGCGUUGGAAAGACAUCCUUAAUCACCAGAUUCAUGUAUGACAGUUUUGACAACACCUAUCAGGCAACAAUUGGCAUUGACUUCUUAUCAAAAACAAUGUACUUGGAGGAUCGAACAAUCAGGCUGCAGCUGUGGGAUACUGCGGGUCAGGAACGUUUCCGCAGCCUCAUUCCCAGCUACAUCCGAGACUCUGCUGCAGCCGUGGUAGUUUACGACAUCACAAAUGUUAACUCAUUCCAGCAGACUACAAAAUGGAUUGAUGAUGUCAGAACAGAAAGAGGAAGUGAUGUCAUCAUCAUGCUAGUAGGAAAUAAGACAGAUCUUGCUGAUAAAAGGCAAGUGUCAAUUGAAGAGGGAGAGAGGAAAGCCAAAGAGUUGAACGUUAUGUUUAUUGAAACCAGUGCAAAAGCAGGAUACAAUGUGAAACAGGCUGGAGUGAUUGACAUUAAACUGGAAAAGCCUCAGGAGCAACCAGUUAGUGAAGGAGGCUGUUCCUGCUAAUCUCCCCUGGCAUCUUCAACCCUUCUGCAGAAGCUCACUGCUUUGCCCCCAUAUUCUUUCAUUGACUGCGGUGUGAAUAUUGGCUUGAACCUUUUCCCUUCAGUAAUAACUUGCAAUUCAUCAUUGCUGCCUGUUUCAUGGAGAUGAUCUAUUAGCUUCACAAGCACAAAAAAAGUCAGUGUCUUCAUUAUUUAUAUUUUUUAAAAGCCAAACAGUUCAGCAUAUUCGUGAUAACUCUGAGGAUUAGAUACAUUUUCUUAACGUUUUUCCCUUUUUAAUGUUAUGACAAUGUGCUGUAAAAUGAUGAGACUCAGCAGCGUGAGUGCAGCUUGUGAAGAAGCAGUGUGUUCACAGCAGAAUUUGCCUCCCUUCUUUCUGUCUCCCAGCUUCUCUUGCCUCUUCCUUCUCCCACCCCCUGUUCAUACCCUCCCCAAACAAACAAGAGAGGUGGCAAACAACAGUCCAGCCAAGCCCUUUGGAAUUAUCCUUAGUUUUACAGAUACCAUUAGCUCCAGGCCAUGCCAUGAGCCACAAUGUACAAAAUUAUUCUUGAGCACUGAUAUAAAGUACUUAGACCUUCUUUGAGGUCAGAACUCAGCUAUUACUAUCACGAUGAGCAGUGCUUAAAUGAGGGAAGAGUUCUGUUGUGUCUUCAGAAUGAGUCCUAAUGAAUUUACUGAGUGUUUACAGGUAAAGGAGCAUAAAACAUUUAUGACCAGAGCAGGCGACCCUUUCACAUAAACUUUACUAGACUCUGGGAGAGAAAAGUAGCCAAGUACUUUAGAACUGUUUUUCAAUAUUUAUUUCAUCAUGGAAAAUUUACAAAAGUUCAAACAGUUCUCCCCAAAUUUUUGAAUUGUCAAAAUAUUGUCUUAAAAAAUCAACACCUUUUAAAGCAAUAACAGCUCUAAAGACCCAACAUUUUUAAAAUACUUAAAAAAGCAUAAAUUUGCAUUAUAGUGACUUGUUUUCAGUCUCUCCUUCCCUCUCACUGCAUGCUUUCUCUGGUCUGCCUCUAGAGGCUUGCAGGAAAACCACUUCCAUAAUCAAAUGUGACCUCAAACGUCCAGAGAGAGGUAUUUGCUAUUCUGUAAAAGUUCUUUUGUUGGUAAACUCUUAAAGCACUUGUGUUUCUUUUCAUAAAAAUGCUAUGAAGACAAGGCAUUGUAAAAACCAGUUUCCUUUAAGAACCAGCAGAAAAAUAUAAAUUGACAACUUGAGGAAAAUUGCUGUUUCUAGUAGAAAGUUUAACAACAAAAGAACCCUCACAGAAUAGCAAAUGCCCCUCUGCUCUGGACGUUUGAGGUCACAUGUGGUUAUGGAAGUGGUUUUCCUGCAAGCCUCUAGAGACAGACCAGAGAAGGCAUGCAAUGAGAGGGAAGGAGAGACUGAAAAUAAAAGUCACUGUAAUGCAAAUUUAUGCCUUAUUUUUUAGAAUUUUUAAAAUGUUGGGUCUUUAGAGCUGUUUUUGCUUUUUAUUAGAUCUAUAUAAAUAAGUUAACUAGCAGUUUAGUUUUGUAUUUAAGCUACAAUUAAUCUUUUUUUCUUUGGUGAUAUUUAUUUCUUUGCCUUUUUUUAAACUUUGAGUUUGUAGGUGUUUUGUUGAGUAUUUAGAGCUUCAUCACCAUGGCCAAUAUGUAUUUCCCUUGAAACGUUGCAAACAAAUAAUCCUAGGAGUGCACCCUUUUAAUCUUUACUAGUUAUUGUGAGAUUGCUGUGUAAGUCAAUAAACAUGUUUGUAAAUACA